AUGCCUUUUGAUGAAGAAAAGAUCAGAGCCGACGCGGCGUGUGUGCGCGAUAUUUCGAAUAAAAUAGAUGAGCUCAUGAACCCCCGCGAGUUCGCUAAGGCGGCGUCCGAAGUUUACCAGGAGAGCAAGGCAGCACAAAUGCUUCGCGAGAGAUUCGAAAUGUUCUCAUACGAAUACGCUGUCACUAGGCCAAGUGAAGACGAGUGCCCGCUUGAACAGCAAUGUAUUGCCGAAAAAGUGAUUGGACGGCCGAUACAUACCGAAUUGAAUGCAGUUCUUGCAAUCCCGAAGACCCUUAUGAAGGCGGAAAGCCGAAAAGCUAUCAAGGUUAUGUGGCGAAUGCACGGAGGAGGCGGGUAUGUGUUAGAAAAGCCUGACAUGAUCUUGUUGGAAUUCUCCUACAGACUCUGGCCCGAAGCUUCCACUAAAGACCGCUUGAACGACAUAGCCAGCAUGUGGCGAUGGACAUUCAACUGCUUGCAACACACCCUUCAAUUGAUCAACGAACACUUCGUUGUCGACUGGGGUUCUUUCUGUCUCUUCGGUGGGAGCUUUGGAGGAGAAAUGGCAUUGCGUGUUUGGAGCAUGGGUGAAAAUCACAGUCAGAAACCUCCCGACUUUUCUAUGAGGUCGCUUGUUGCUAAUGCUCCUACAUCGAUGGGAUAUGCCCGCGAGCCUGGAUUAUACUUGGGAAUUACUAUUUCUCCGGAGCGUUUGCAAAGAGACAGAGAGGAAUUGGAUCGGUUGCUGCAGCUCAUGCCAUACCGAAUUCAUCGAUCUGAAACCGAAAAUGGCGAGAGAAUGUUUGGGGGGCCAUUAUCUUCAAUGGGGGUCCCGAGGGAAUUGCUAGAGAAACCAUCGGCAUAUCAGAUGAUUGAGAGAAUGCCAGCGGUGCAGCACCGCACUGGCAAGAUAACGAAUUUCUUGUUCAAGCAUGGUGAUCAAGACAAACACGUCGACUUCAAGGACUCACACGAAACAGUUGAGCUCCUCAAAAACAAGGGUUAUACUGCGAAACUCAUACUUCAACCAGGAAAGGGACAUGCUGAGGACUCUGAGCAGACUGACUUGCGACAACCGGACGAUCCACAAUCCGCGGACGCACGCAUGCCAGCAAAGAAAGAGGGUCGAAUUACUCUAGCGAGCACUAGCCUCAACGGAUUGGUAGAUUACAAAGAAGGCAAGCUCUGGAUACCAGAAGAACUAUCCUCUGACAGUGAAAAGCUCUUGGAGUGCCAAAAGAGCAUCUUAACUGCACCUGGCGAACGCGAUAAGACAAGGAUCCAGCGCUUAUGCCUACCUGGAUGGCUCCAUAAGGACCCAAAGAUGGCUCUUGCGGCAAUUCGAUUUCCUCAGGCGCUCGAAAAUGGUCAGAAAUUUGAACAUAUUCCUGUAUCUUAUUGGUUUGUGGGAAAUGAUCUCAUGGACGCGGUGGUAUUGGUUCCUCCGGAGUUAUGCUUCGCAACCGAUAUUGGUGAGUAUCAUAUCAACUUUAUGGAGCUUGAUGCAAAGUACGGACCCAUCCUCGACAGGUGA